AUGGCAGGAGUCAACGUCACCCGCUUCCAGCCUGCCACGUUCCACCUCACGGGCUUCCCAGGCCUGGAGCCCUUCCACGUGUGGAUCUCUGUGCCUUUCUGUGCUCUAUACUUCGCCUCCAUUCUCGGGAACUGCGCCGUCCUCCUCGUCGUCCGGCAGGGCCGGCACUUGCACGAGCCCAUGUAUUUCUUCCUGUGCAUGCUGUCCUUGAACGACUUGGGGGUCUCCCUCUCCACGCUCCCCACGGUGCUCGCCCUCUUCUGCUUCGGCCUCAGCAAGGUGGCCUUCGAUGCCUGUCUGGCCCAGAUGUUCUUCAUCCAUUCCUUCUCCUUCAUGGAGUCCGGGAUCCUGCUGGCCAUGUCUUUCGACCGCUUCGUGGCCAUCCGCCACCCGCUGCGCUAUGCGUCCACGCUGACCCACCCUCAGAUCGCCAGGAUCGGCGCGGCCAUUGUCCUGAAGAGCACCGCCAUGCUCGCCCCCUUCCCCUUCCUCAUCAAGCGCCUGCCCUUCUGCGGCUCCAACGUCCUCUCCCACGCCUACUGCCUCCACCCGGACAUGAUGCGCCUGGCCUGCGCGGACAUCACCGUCAACAACGUCUACGGGCUCUUCGUGGUCCUCUUCACGUACGGCCUGGACUCCACGUGCAUCGUUUUGUCCUACAUCAUGAUUCUGAAGGCCGUCUUGAACAUCGCGUCUCGGCAGCAGCGCCGCAAGGCCCUCCACACCUGCGUCGCCCACAUCUGCGCGGUCUUGAGUUUCUAUGUCCCGAUCGUUGCCGUCUCUGUUCUGCACAGGUUUGGGAAAGGUGCUCCCCCCGUCGUGCACGUCAUGAUGUCCAACGUCUAUCUGUUUGUCCCUCCGCUGCUGAACCCCAUCAUCUACAGUGUGAACACCAAGGAGAUCCGGAAGGGGAUACGCAGAAUGCUUGGCUGCGCUGGGAGCUGGAGGCUCAGGGCAAACGGCUGA